ACCCACCUUUAAGGUUGUCCCACAAAAAUCCCUACUUUGAUUACUUAACUAUUUUUUGUAACCUUCCUUUACAACUUGAAAGUUGGAAGCAAAGCUUGGCAGGGAAACCACAAAAAAAAAAGAAAAAGAAAAGCAAAGCAUGAAGCUCAAAAACAAAGGUAAAGUAUAUCCAUCCCCUUCUUCUUCUUCUUCUGCUUCUUCUAGUGAAGACCAUCUUUCCGUUUUAAACCUUCUUCCAGCUGCAAUUUUAGUUGUUGCUUCAGUCCUUUCUCUCGAGGACCGACAAGUUUUAGCUUACAUGAUUACAAGGUCUCUCAAAACCACCACCACCACCACCACCAACCCUUCUUUAAUCUCUCCCAAGAAAAGAUCUUCCAAGAAACACCCACCACCCUCCGCCGCCAAACCCUCCCAUAAGCCGCCUGAUUUCGACUGCGAUUGUUUCGACUGUUACACCACUUAUUGGCUUCGCUGGGACUCUUCUCCUAACCGCGAGCUUAUCCAUCAAGUUAUCGAAGCUUUUGAAGAUCACUUAUCCAGUGGCGAAUCCCACAAAGCUUCCAAGAAAAAUGCGCGUCUCAAAAGGAGGGAUGCUAACACCAAAACAGUCUCUCCCAUUCCCGAGAACCCGGUUUCUGACCUCCCGGGUCACCAAGCCCCCGUCUCCACCGAGGAAGCACCUGUUUUUGCUGAUGACGUCAUUUUCACGGAGAAGAAUGUUGAAGAAGAGUCAGCUGUAGCGGUGGAAAUGACGGAGGAAUAUCCGGUAGCGGAAGAUAGUGAUGUGGAAAUAGGUACGCGGCCGCCGCCGACAAGUAACGACAAGGGUUUGGCUAGGAAAGUGUUACCGGACAUAUUAGGAUUAUUUAAUUCUCGUUUAUGGGGUCUUUGGAAUCCAAAUGUGUAAUUUUCUGUUUCAGAAUUUUUCGAGACCUUAAAACUGAGGAAAAAAAAGAGAAUAUUAUUAUAUUAAA